AUAGAAAGGGAGUUUUAGGGUUUCGGCGGAAGUGAAAAUGGUUCGGGCGGCGGUGGCAAAGAAGAAGCCGGAGAAGGUGGUGAACCCGCUCUUCGAGAAGCGGCCGAAGCAAUUCGGGAUCGGAGGGGCGUUGCCGCCGAAGAGGGAUCUCUCCAGGUUCGUCCGAUGGCCGCAAGUUGUCAACAUUCAGAGGAAAAGGAGGAUCCUCAAGCAGCGUUUGAAGGUCCCUCCGGCAAUCAACCAGUUCUCGAAGACCCUUGAUAAGAAUCUAGCGACAAAUCUCUUCAAGGUGCUUCUCAAGUACAGGCCUGAGGACAAGGCGGCCAAAAAGGAACGUCUUCUCAAAAGGGCACAGGCUGAGAGUGAGGGAAAGGUUCCUGAACUGAAGAAGCCCAUUGUUGUCAAGUACGGGCUCAAGCAUGUCACCUAUCUCAUUGAGCAGAAUAAAGCCCAAUUGGUAGUCAUUGCACAUGACGUGGACCCUAUUGAGCUGGUUGUCUGGCUCCCAGCUUUGUGCAGGAAAAUGGAAAUUCCAUAUUGCAUCGUAAAGGGAAAAGCAAGAUUGGGUGCGAUUGUCCACAAGAAGACUGCUUCAGUUCUAUGUCUGACCUCAGUCAAGAACGAGGAUAAGAUGGAAUUCUCCAAGAUUUUAGAGGCAAUUAAGGCCAACUUCAAUGAUAAAUUUGAAGAGAACCGCAAGAAGUGGGGAGGUGGAAUCAUGGGCUCAAAAUCCCAAGCCAAGACAAAGGCAAAGGAAAGGCUUCUUCAGAAGGAAGCUGCUCAGAGAAUGACCUGAGUGUAAUCUAUUUUGUUUUAAUAUUAUGUGAUCUUUGCUCUUAUUCGAGAGACUAACCGUCUUUUUUUCUUUGUUGUCGUCUGAGCAAUGCCAUUUUUUUGAUAUGAUCACUAUGUGUUGCUGUUCCAUUGUCCUUGAAAUUCUGCAUGCAAUUUUUCUUGCAUCAUACAAGCCUAUCUUUUCCUUGAUGUUUGUGUUUGUGUAGUCUUUACUUGGCAUUU